AUGCCUCCAUCCCGCAACGCCAAAUCCCGAACGCGCUCUCCCUCCACAUCUACGGCUGGGGGACUCAAACGCCGCGCCCAUCUAUCCCCACAGACGCUCUCAGUCUCCUCAAAUCGUGUCCUCAAAACAUGGCGCCCUCUCCCAACCCCCACGCAAGACCGCAUCCGCACCCUCCUCCUGGCCAUCCAAUCGCAAACCCAAUCCGCUCGUCGCUCCUCCAAAGCCUCUGGCCGCAACGGCAAAGGCCCGAGCAACCCCAACAAACUCGACUUGACCGACGACGACUACGAUGAGAUGGUGCAAGCCCUAGUUUCCAAGCUAGUGGUCCGCCUACCCAAGAUGACCUUCCCAGCCGCAAGAAGCAAAGCCAACAGCGCGGCCGCAGCCGCAGCUCACGAUCUCGAUUUCGACUACGAGGCCACGCUGCACCGCACUGCCGUGCUGUCUGCGCAGCUGUCAGAAGCGACACAAUCAUCGAAACUGCUGCGGGCGAGCAUCCGCAAGGAAGAACAAAACCUCAGAGCGGAGAAGGCGGAACUGGACGCUCUGGCGGAGAAUCUGAAGAGGGGGACGCAGGCGCAGCGAACGCAGGAGAAGCGGCUGCAUCCAUUGGCGAGGCAGUUGGGUGGUGGGCGCAGUGCCAAGGUUGAGGAUGGGGAGGAAGGGGUCGCGGAUCAGAUGCUUGGGACUGCGAGGCGAAGACACGUGGUCGAAGCACCGCUGGGCAAGGCGGAGAUCGAAGGUGAUGCGGAUUUAGAAGAUCUGAUGAAGCAACUGGGUAGUCAUCUGGGGAGUAUGGCGACGAACACGGCGAGCUUGCAGGGAAUGCGCAGGGAAUUGGGUCGCGCCGAGGUAGCAAUACGCGCAUUCGCGUGGCAGCGGCUGGGGAGGGACAAAUACCUACGGGUAAUGGACGUACAAUGA